AUGGAUGAUACACCAUCGAUAUUAACCGAUUAUUAUCGGCGGAUGACUGCCUGGAUCUGUAGGCACGUCCCAUCCGCUAAGUCAGGGGUCUCACACACCAAGGUGCAGGUGCUAUCUAGCACGCACUGCGUCCCACCUAGGGCUGACUUCAACUGCCCGUCCCCCUCCAAGUUGUGUGACACAUUGGCCAGCCAAAUAAGAUCACACCGAAGGCCUGGAAAACACCCUGAGAAUGAAAACCGCGCCCAAGACGCGAAACUGGUGUGCUCGGGCCAAGACCACCGAGCGAGUAAAACCGUUAUUGGAGACGGAGCCACGACGGAAGACGCCUUCCAAUCUGACCAUAGUGGUCAUCUAGCAAGAACACACUCAUCAACUUCCAAGGUUAAUGAGAUUGCUGGAAACUUCAGCGGCCAUACCCGAGACAAUCACGGCACAGUUGAAGGAGAAGACCCGCCUACUGGCUGCCUCUGCCUGCCAGUCCUUUCACUCCAAAGGUGGAGAAACCGCAGGCGGGCAAAAGUGGCACCCUUUAACCCACGAUCACCCUCCAUCAAACCUGCCACGACAUCACCGAGUAGUUGCGAAGACACUCGAGUGCAGCCCCUGACAACCGAGGUGUCUGUGUUCGAUCUUGAGGAUGAAAACGGCCAAGAAAGUCCAGGCCUUGGUCUGCCAACUCGGCAGAUGAUGCAGGAAGACAUGGACGAAUGGCGUCAGAGGAGGAGAAGCGAGAUACUUCUCGGAAAUGAAGAAGAUGAUAUGAAAGGUAUUUCGAGAGAAAGCCUUUCUCUCCCAUCAAGACCAAAGACAUCGAAGGGCCGGGAAGGAGAGAGUGACAGGAAUGAUCAGCGCUCGGAGAGAGGUGCAAGGUCAAGUACAGAGGUCAAUACUGAGACCAACGAGUUUGGUGCGGGGAAGCAGGCUGGAAAGCUUGAGUUCGUUGGAUCGGGAAAAAGUAGACAUUCGGACGAGUGUGACUCCGAUGAAGUCUUAUACUACUGGAAAAAUCUGGAUGUGAAAGACAACGAUGAAGAUGAAGAUGGAAAUAGAAGUUGCGUCGCUUUGGCACAAAGUGACGAAGUCACAACAGACGGUGACACCAAGUGGGAGAAUUCACUGUCGAGGAUGUCAUCACUGAAAGAGGUCCCUCCAAGACCGAAGACGUCACGAGGAUUGAGACCAGAAAAUGGACAAGAGGACCGAUCCUCGGUGAUGGAGAGAUCAUUGGAAGAGGUCAUCAGUACAUUGUUCAGAGAGGAGGACGGAGUGAGAGAUUUUACAAGAGACGACGUGGUCCUUGACAAGACCCAUGAAUCAGACAGUGGAAUUCAGAAAAGCAGGUCACCCUUGGAGGAGACACAUGACUCUUGCGAGGUAUUGAGCGUAUGGAGAAAUCCUGAUGAGAUGGAACACAAAGAUGAAGAAAUAGGUCAUGACGUCUCACCAAGCAAAGAUGGUGAAUGUGACAGAGGGGAAAAAACUAAAGAAUCAUCUCCUCCUGGACAUGACGAAGUUUCACAUUUGACUUGUGAGAACCAGAAGGAACUGAUAUCUCCAAAGUCUUCAGAGCAUUCCAUGGAUGCGGAUGGUGUGAUGAUGACACGCGAAGAAGAGCUUCAGUUUGAACGACAACAGCGAGAACAAUGGCAGCUAGCUGCUUUAGGUGAAUGGGCUACCGUGUGCCAAGACUAUGACGAAGACGAGUAUUUAUCAGAGUGCUACCUGAGAAUGGAUGAAUUCCAGAAAGAGCAGGCCAUGAUGAAGGAAUGGAAGGCCAUUUCUGAGCGUUACCAUUCCGUUGGUGUCAUCCAGGACCUGCAGAACAUGCAGACACUCUGCAAGUGCACCAUCAACCAGAGCGAGAGAGCUCUGAGGCAGUUUGCCCGGAUCUGCCGCGGGCCCGUGCCCCUCUCCAAGUCGGGACAAACCAAAGCCGAGGCCAUCGCCCCACUCUCAAGAAUGGUCCAGAAACAGACCAGGAGGAUCUCCGAAAAUAUCUCCACCACCUUCAUGGAGUUCUACCAAAUAUUCGAGGAGCUGGACGUCUUGAGGGAGAGACAGGAUCGAGUGGAGGAGUUCUUACUGAACGAUCUGAAGAUUAGGGACGCAGAAGUAGCAUUGUCUCAGUCAAGUUCUCGGUGUUCAACCAUCACGCCCAGGCAAGUCUCCAGUCGGCUCCAACAGAGGGAGAUUGACCAGGACCUAGUGGACAGAUACAUGGAGAAGUACCGGGUGAGGUCCACGGAUCUGUUCGAGGUCAUGCCGACCAUUUGCGAGAAUGAAGUCUUCCAUCUGGAAGAGUGUCAAGAACUUGAUGAAUCAGAGGUUGAUUUUCCUGAGUACAGUGGGAUGGAUGACGUCUGCCUUGAUGAAAAUGACGUCAGAGAGAAUGAUGCAGCAGAGGAUGAAAGCUCAGAUUCCAAUUUUGUGAAGAGCGCAGGAGAAAAAGAAGAAAGGAAUGUAGAUGGGGCCGUCACAGAAGGAUGAUGAUGAUGAAGAAGUUGGUGGAGUGAAGUUGAAGAGUUGAGGAAAAAGAACGCGAAAGGAUACAGUUUGCCUUCAAGAUCAAAUCCAGGAGAGAAAUGGUUACUUCUGCUACUUCUAUUGAAGUUUUGUGAAAUAGAUAGUGAUUGGAUUUAGAUCUAUUCUUUUUCC